AUGGACUGGAGCAAUGUAUUUGUUGCAGGUGGCAGUUUUUUGUUGUGCUCAAGAGCAAACGCAAGUAUUCGUUCUGAAGAAGGUGCAUCGAGAUACUUGCAUUCGUGUCUCAAAUAUGACAUUGACUUGUUUUUAUAUGCAUUAACUCAAGAAGAUGCAGAGAACAAGAUUCGUCAUAUUUAUUCCAUCAUCAAGAAAAACGUUAAGGGUAAAAAUAUUCUAGUGACGAGAACAAAGUUCGCCAUUACCUUUUCUGUUCGUGACUAUCCUCAAGUGCAAGUGGUGACUCGAAUUUACAAAAGUCCAGCCGAAACAUUGAUUGGUUUCGAUAUUGAUUCGUGUUGUAUUGGAUAUGAUGGCAACAAAGUGUGGGCUCUACCACGAUUUGCACGUGCUCUUUCUAAAAGGUACAAUCUCGUUGAUGUGGAACGCAUGUCCACCACCUAUGAAAGAAGAUUAAGAAAAUAUGCAGCUCGUGGCUUUAGUGUCCUUGUUCCUGGCUACAAGAAGAGUCUUGUGAAGAGACCUGGUUUGCUUGGAAAUUAUGGUCACUGUCAUGAAAAAGAAUUGAGUGGAUUGGCCUUACUGUUGUAUUAUGAAAGUGGACCAAGUCGUAAUUAUGGGCAUCAACCAGCACUGUCGAGCGAUGAAGAUGAAUUACUCAAUGAGAAUCAUGAGGAUGAAACUGCAAAAUCAGAUUAUGGCGACUUUUUGUGUUAUCAAAUGUUGAUGGGUUUUAAUUUCCCUCAUAUGAUCCGCAUGUAUGAGAAAUAUUUGAAGCGACGCAAAACGAGAUUUGUGGCAUCUCUGAAUGAUGUAGAAAAAAUCAUUAAUUCCACCUUGUUGCCAAAUCAUGACAUUACUCUCCUCGCAUUCAUUGGAUUACUGAACAACCUGGGUCGCAAUUAA